AUGACUCCUGGUUCCUCUGUACAAUACGAAAACCGUUCCGUCCGAUGCAUCUCGUACACUGACUGCCACGAAGGUAUCACGUCAGGCAAGCUAUCCAAGUCCAGAACAGUGAGCGGACUGAUCAAUCAUCCAUCACGAACGAGUCCUGAACGCAGGUUGGCAGAGUUCAAGGUCCCUCCAGCUGAAAAUCUCUGCACCAUACAUCGUUACCAGUCAAAGCAUAACUUGGCUUACCUUCCUGCCGUGUUGCUCCAUCGUACAAGGCGAGUCGAGGCGAGGCGGAGGAGACACAAAGCGACGAGGUUCAUGCACGCAAAGAUGAUCGUGAUCCGUGUGUUUGGCAGUCCAGCCUGGCCUGGGCAGUGGGGUGUCGUGUCUGUUUAA